UGUGCAUAUGAUGAAUGUCUGUGUGCGCACACCUGCGCAAGCACGUGUCCGCUUGGAGUGUGUGUAUAUAUUGAAUGUGUUGGUGUGCGCACACCUGCGCAUGCACGCCUUAACAGAAAGACGUUCUGUAGCCCUGCGACAUAAGAAAGAGUGAUGCUUUGACACUGCCAGCACCUACCCGAACGUACCGGGGGGCGGUGUGCUGAUGGAGUGCUGGAUUGCAGGGGAAGCUUCUGUCGUCGAGGUGGAAGGGAAUUCUGCAGUCGAAGUCCCAUAAGUGAGGCCCAAGAGGGCGAAGACAAACGCCACCAGCGCAGGCACCGCUCGCCAAUUUCCGCUGGCAGCCAUUUUCCUCUUCGCCCGUCGGGCCCCACUUGCCCCCCGCUGUCGAUCUCACGGUGACCGGUCGACGAUGCCAUGAUGAUGUCAUAUUGAAGAUCUAAGCAUCGGCUGCCAACAAAUGCAGCCCCUACAACGAGAAUGAGAUCAUCGUGGCCCCCGUGUCGGUGCCCAAGCAGCAGAACGAUCACGAUGACGAUGAAGUCGACGACUGGGGCAGCCCAGACAAGACACCCACUCCUUCUGCCAACGCCCUGCGUCCGAUCCCCUGUGUGGCGUCUCCCAAGAGCAUCGCCACUGACGGCGAUGCCGAGGACAGCCCGGCUGAGUCGAGCCAGGCGGCCGUGGUUGAGAGGGAGGGCGAUGCAGAGGCGGACGAUGGCGAUGAGACGGCACUGUAUCACGAUGCUGACGACGCCGAGGGGGAGCAGGGUGAGGGUGCAGCGGAGGCUGCUGCUGUGGAGAAUGCGCUGCGUGACGAUCUGUCGGAGGAUUUCGAAGACAAUGAGGGCACUGGAGCCGACUGUGAGGAGGGGGAUCCUCAUGAUCAUGACGUGGUGGAUGGAGGGGAAGACGAAGAGGAGGAGGAGAAUGAGGCCGAGGAGGGCAUCGCUGACCCUAAGGUUGCUGGAGACGUUGUCGAUUCAGGUACGCAUGACAAGGAAAAUGGCACACGCCAAAGACGACGGAGCAGGGAAUUCAUUGGUCUGGCAGAUUCGGAUAACGAGGACGACCUGCCUUACCAAGAGCUGCCGGCUUUUGGUCCGCAUGCGCGUUGAUAUAAGAACGCACGCAUACACAUUCCUUGUGUGCCUGUCCGGCUCCUUCAGCUGGUUUCGUCUCUCAAGAAGCCCUGAGGGUCCUCACUCAUCACACGCAAAACACCUCACGGUGGGCGAGAAAUUCACCGAUCGCUCGAGGCACACACCAUCCAUUGCCUCUUCCGCUGUAUGUGCGUGCAGGCUGAGUGAGAUUGCAGAGCUUGCUGCGGCUGUCGCGGACUCUCCCUGCCCGGCCAGCGAUGCCAUCGUGCACCUCGGCAACCCCACUCCGUUCCAACGAACCCACUCCACAGAGGUGCCCUCAUCCACAUCGGGCAAUGGCGAGGACACGCCUUCAAGCACCAGCACCAGAAGCGAGAGGGAGCAAACGUAGAAGGAGAGCUGAGACACAUGCACUGCUGGGUGAUCGCGUUGAUACAUCGGGCCGCAUUAUUAUGUCUGUAUUAUUGGGUGCCUGGGUGUAGUCAGUAGCUCCCUUCUUUGAUUUGCUGGCAGACAAUGGCCGGAUUGAUAUUUGUGUGAAAGACAGUGCCGGAGACUGCGCGCGUGUGUGUGUGUGGUUGUUGCUGGGGGGCGACGCAUCUAUGUUGAUAGGUGUGUGCGUGUGCCGUGGGUUGCAUGCAUACAAGGAGACGGCGGUGGCAGUGCUUAUUCAUUGACGCAUUUCGUUCACUCACCCGAGUGACUGACUCAAGGCGCCAAUUUUCUGGUAUGCAUCGAUGUGAA